AGCAACGAGAAAUCGAUCGGUCGACUUAUAAUCCUUGACUGAAUUGAGAGAACUUCACUCAGACAUGUUUGCGUUUUUAUCCCUUUAAAUGGCCGCAUUAUUCCACACACGGGGUAAUGUACCUUCGCAAUGUGGAGCUUGUCACCGUCUCUCUCUGCCUCUUUAACGAACGAGAGGAGAAGAUGUGUCUGAGCGGAGCGGCGACAUGCAGCUAAAAGCUAACGCGAUGAACUAGUUUCGAUUUUUGUUGAUUUUUUGCCGGUGACAGUCGUGAAGUGUCCGAAUUGAGUGUCCGCGUUUAUUAGAAAGGGCAAGCCGAUACAUAUAUGCUGCUCGUUUUUACAUGAAUGGCGUGUAUUAGUAGAUUCGACAACACAGAGUGCGACUGUUUGUUAGCCACGUAAACUGCCCCUGGACGGUGUUGACGUAGCAGCUAGCUCGUCUGACUCGUUAUCCAAGUUCCUUUUCGCCGAAGUGAUGUGUCUCUAAUGCGCUGACAACAAUGGAGACUGCAGUGAUACGGCGAUAGACUGUUCGUCUGCUGAGUACGGGAAUCGCAGGGACGUGUAAUGCUUUAAGUGGACAUGGUGGUGGUCGCUGGUUCCGUGGUCCUGUUGCUGUGAGCAGAUGAUGAAGCGGCUCCUCUGGCUGAUGUCAGGAUUCAACAGAAGAAUGAUGAAGCUACUCUUUGCCGUUGCCCUGAUCGCCUACAUCGCCUCUGUUUGGGGUACUUACACCAAUAUGAGAUCAAUACAAGAACAUGGGGAGAUGAAGAUUGAGCAGAGAAUUGAUGAUGCUGUGGCGCCACUCAGAGAAAAGAUACGUGACUUGGAACAGAGUCUCUCUCAGAAAUACCCACCUGUGAAGUUUUUAUCUGAAAAAGAUCGAAAGAGAAUAUUGAUCACUGGUGGAGCUGGAUUUGUGGGUUCCCACCUGACGGAUAAACUGAUGAUGGAUGGCCAUGAGGUGACUGUGGUGGACAACUUCUUCACCGGGAGGAAAAGAAAUGUGGAGCACUGGAUCGGCCAUGAAAACUUUGAGCUGAUCAAUCAUGAUGUGGUUGAGCCGCUCUAUAUAGAGGUGGACCAAAUCUAUCAUCUGGCCUCACCCGCCUCUCCCCCCAACUACAUGUACAACCCUAUCAAGACCCUCAAGACCAACACCAUCGGCACUCUGAACAUGCUGGGUCUGGCCAAACGCGUGGGUGCUAGACUUCUCCUUGCAUCAACCUCUGAGGUCUAUGGAGAUCCAGAGGUUCACCCUCAAAAUGAAGAGUACUGGGGUCACGUGAACCCCAUCGGUCCUCGAGCUUGCUACGAUGAGGGCAAACGGGUAGCUGAGACCAUGUGUUACGCUUACAUGAAGCAGGAAGGAGUGGAGGUGCGAGUGGCAAGAAUCUUCAACACCUUUGGGUCCCGGAUGCACAUGAAUGAUGGACGUGUGGUCAGCAACUUCAUCCUGCAGGCGCUUCAAGGAGAGCCACUCACUGUGUAUGGCACCGGUUCGCAGACGAGAGCGUUUCAAUAUGUGAGCGACCUGGUCAACGGCCUGGUUCUCCUGAUGAACAGCAACAUCAGCAGCCCAGUCAACCUGGGGAACCCAGAGGAGCACACCAUCCUGGAGUUUGCUCGCCUCAUCAAAAGUCUCGUCGUGAGCCGGAGUCAGAUCCAGUUCCUCCCAGAAGCUCAGGACGACCCCCAGAGGCGACGCCCCGACAUCCGCAAGGCCAAGAUGAUGCUCGGCUGGGAGCCAGUGGUUCCUCUGGAGGAGGGGCUGAACAAGACCAUCCAGUACUUCAGCCGGGAGCUGGAGCACCAGGCCAACAACCAGUACAUCCCCAAACCCAAAGCCGCCCGCAUGAAGAAAGGCCGGCCCAGACACAACUGAGUCCUGCUGACUGUUUCCCCUGACUCCAAAGUGCUGGUGGUCCUGGUGGGAGCACAGCUGCACCAAGGCGACGGCCAUGUCGGACAUUAAAAACAAACAUUUUGGACGCAGCUUCUAUUUAAACCCUGAGAGGCUUUUUGGUUUGAGUGUUUGGUCUCUUUAGUUUGUCGGAGCUGCAGCGUCUCUGGAUUGUGGUUCUCGCGCUGACCCUCAAAGGCCGUCUCCUGCUGCUGCUGCCGUUUCAUGGAUGCUACUUUAAUAAAGUAGAGAUUACUUUGUAAAACCCUCCAGAUGAGGAAGGUUUGUGAAUGUGAGACUUUUGAAGCUUUGAUGGUAAAUUUUUAUUA